AUGUCUUCGUUCAACAGCUGGCUUAUUAUUGUUUCUCUGCUUUAUAACGUUUUGCUUUACCGAUUCUCCGCACGUCCAACUUAUCCACCCUCAGGUGAGUUUUUACACCAGGUAAACCUGUUUUAACGUUACUUAAAAAUAACAGAUUGCGCGAGUUUCGCCGUUUUUCCUGAAAGGCAAGCGCACUUAACACGUAUAAUAGACUAUAUCUUAUUUGGUUUAGACCACCUUCCCAGCCACGAGGCAUUUCCCAGAUAUUUUUUUCCCUGAUAUUUUUUUGACAACCUAAAAAUUAUAAGCGGUUUUCAAGCAUUUUAGGAAAUUGUGGAAAUGUAGCUGCAAAUUGCAUUCUGCCGUGUUUGACGUGUUUAUUCUGAAACAAGAAAUAACUGAAUCGCAGGACCUCGCGUAGCACUUCGGGGCAAGGGCAAGAAGUAAAAAGAAAUGGAAAUAAAGCAAUCGGGAAGAAAUUUUAUAAAUUUAAAAAAUUUUACUCUGUAUAAAGAAACAAAACAAAAACUAAAAUAACUGAAAAUAAAUAAACAAAUAAAUAAAAAGGAGAAAAAAAAACCAAGAAAAAAUAAAAGAAGGGAAAAAGAAAAGUAGGUUCCACCCGAAAUUUAACUCAGGACCCUCUACGCGCCGGGCAGUUUUCGUUACCACUGCGCCAGGUGGGACAAUACUAUGAGAGAGGCGAUAAUAUUUAUUUAAAAGCUUUCCCAGUAGAACUUCCACUGGUGCGCCUUUUUAAACACGAAUUCAAAGAUAUUUUUCAGGAGAAUGACUGGUGUUUUGACAGUAAAAAAACCCAACUUAUAAACGCAUUUCAUCGCAUUUAAAGAACAAAUGCCCAACUAAGCCGAUACGGUAUAAACUCGUCUGCGAACAAAACUUGUGUUAUGUUACCUCAAUUUUCGCUUAUAUCUUAAUUCAAAGUAGACAGACUGCAAAUUAUCUUAGUUGCUAAAAAAUGUGAAUGAUCCAAAUCGCUUCCAGUUUCUCUUAAGGUGGCCCGACUGGAUUUUUUGUGGGGAUACCUUCCAAGUUUAAGCAUUAACUACGUCGCCGUGGGUAACGAUAUGGGAAAAAGAUUACCACAACUGUAUUAUAUAAAGAUGAAAAUUUCUUAAGAUUUGGGUGUUAUUGCAAUCGGAGUCACCAUGGCAACGUAACAACCCCAUUACGUUUUUUAUUUAUUUUUGUGUUUCUCUGUACCAAGAGUUUUUUUAAGAAAUCGGUUGAGGGAGUUUAUACCUGCCAUAAUCAUAUCAAAGUUUGAACAAAUUCUAUGAGAGCGUUUUCGAAAUAUUUUGAAAAGAAGUUUUAAGCAUCAUAAAAACGGUGAAAUAGCAUGCUAUCCACACAAUUAGCUAAUUUUUUAAGAAAAUGAUAAGCUUUGGAAACGCGGCUUCAUCUUAUAGUAGUUUGAUUUCAUUAAAAACUGCGUACAAGAAAAGAGGGGAAUUGCUCUGGGCGAUCGCGAGUAAGAAGAAUUUUAGUAACUUGCAUUUCGCCGCUUUUGUUACAGUUUUUGCACGUAAUUUGGUCCAUGCCUACAAUUUUCGCAUUUUUCAAAAAACCGCUCGAUAAAUUUUUUUAUAAAUUUGACAAUCCCGAGCUCAAUUGCCAAUAAAUAUACCCUGCAAGUUUCAAGAAUAUUGAAAACAGAGAAGGCUUUUAAAUAGGGCCUCAAAUAUAACCAAUUUUCCCCCCAGGUUUUGUGUUAACAAGUGUGUGUUGACGUCACUCUGGAUGACGUCAAGGAGGACACCAUCCAAACUCGAUUUUAUUUUUCAUAGACUUAUAGCAAAGAGAAUAUUAAGCAAUGAAUAAAACUGUCGCUAGGCUUGCAAUCCUCGUGGGAGUCACGCGCGUUGCAAAUUCCGACAAAAUUAUAAACUAUCGCGAGGAAUGAGCUUAGCACACUCCUAUUGUAGUACUUUGAGGAUCCCGCUGCUAUGCCACAUUUUUUGACCUAUUUUAACAUGAUUUCCACCAUUUUUUUAAAACGUUUAUUUGUCUCAUCAGAAACUCAUAAGGGGUUCAAGCCCUUAUGAGUUUCUGGUCUCAUAUAAUCAAGGACCAAUCAAAACCCACAAUGUUUGAAAGAGAUGUCGUGCGAGGUAAGCGAGGUGUUAUUUAAACCUUCUCAACUCUGUCUUUGCACUUUUUUGGUUCUGCAAUAUGUAGAACCCAACUUGCCCAACAAAAUUGGAUAAAUAAGGCAAAAACUUAAAGACGUCGAAAACUUUGUUGAGCAGGAAUGUUGCUCGAUCCUCCUUAACUUUGGAUGAGAAUAAAGGGGUUUGCAUCAGUUUGUUUAUAGCGGGUUAUUGCGUGGUAUUCACUAUUUUGGGGUUUAAUUUCGAUCUUAUUUGGGUUGUGUCAAGUUCUAGACUGCGAUUUUGACAACUCCACGUUUUGCGGAUGGGCAAAUGAAAACUCUGGAAAAGCGAAGUUUAACUGGACUUUAAAUUCGGGGCAAACACGAAGCUGGAGAACAGGUCCUCGUUCUGAUGUUUCAGGUAUUUUCUUUAUUUCAAAAUCUGCUUCUUAUUACGUUUAACAGUUUGUAACGUUCAUUUGAAUUUUAAGGGAGACCGAUUUUUAUAUUCAGUAUAUAUUAAGGUAGUUAUUUUUUAACAGUGACUCAUUUUAUUGGACUACAGUAAUUCUAGAGCCAUUCUCUACAGCCAAAUUAAACAACAAAGUGUGCAAUUAUAAUACUGAGAGAAAUAAGACUAACUCGCCAUCACUUUUCACUACGUUAACAUAAAGGCAGCUACAGUGACUUCAUUUCUUUAAAAGUUAAAAACUGUAUCACACAAGAAUCCCGGAAUCGUAAUUUUGUGAUUCCUUGGUAUUCUAAAAAUAACUAAACUCAAUGGAUAUAUAGACAGUAAUCGAAAGCGUCAGGUCAGUGAAUAUUUUGUUCCAAUAUCCCCAGGAAAUGGAAAGUAUGCAUAUCUUGAAGCAUCGUAUCCGCGGCGACAUGGUGACAACGUGAGGCUUUUAAGUCCUAUAACGCAAGGUGCAAAGUGCAUGUCAUUUAUGUAUCAUAUGUAUGGAAGGUUCAUGGGAAGCUUGGUGAUCUACAUGAAAACAAACAGCAGUGAAACAGUGGAAUGGAUUAAAUCAGGCAAACACCCCAAUCAAUGGCUAGAAGCUGUUAUAUUCCUCAAUUCCUCAGCUCACUACCAGGUAAUACAUCUGACUGAUGAAUUGAAAAAGCGGGCUAUAACCUAAUCUAUUUUUUUUUUCUUCGCUCGCGCCAUAUUGAUGCAGAAUCUGUUAACAAAGUAAAGUAAAAUAAAAGAAGAGAUUGAGAGUCAAACUACUACCUUAACUGGCUUUUAGAUAAAACGUCUUGAUUCUCUCGACCAUCUUUGCACAAGCAGGAGUACAUUAAGCUACAUUAGAGGAUAUACGAACUAGGAAAACACCUUGCAACAAAACCGUUAGAAAACUGAUCAUUGAAACUCCGCAGGGCAUUUUCAGUCCCGGGGGUGGAGCAUUUGCAAAUUUUGCGCUUCCCGGGGGCCGAGAAUUUGCCAACCUCGGGGCCAAUCCCGAGCUUUUGACACGCACGCAGUUUCCUAUCAGCAUAUAACUACACAGAGGAUUUUACUGGAAAAACAAGCAGAUUGGCUCAUUUGUCAAGGAUGGGCAAAAAUUGAAGAGGUUUGUAAAGGCAUAUUCUCGAUUUUAUGCAUGCAUUUCUUCAUUGCUUAUCAAGCCAGACUUACAUAGCGGAACUCGGGAGCUAUUGACGUGAAUCAAGUGAAGUUGUUUUGGUUAUUGAAUCUUGUUUCUUGAUAGUAUUUGAAGAACAUCCUUUGAUAUUUAUAAAACUGUUCAUAGCAGUUAACUUUACAGCACACUAUUAAUUUUAAUGUCAAUGAUUUUGUAACAAUACUAAAACCAUGAACUGGUGUCAUCACGGCAUGGAGUCUUAAUUAGAAUAGCAUUAUUACAAAGGAAGUCGUUAAUUGAAACAAAAAAUCGCAUAUUAAAAUGUAUGAAAUGGUCCUACUCGACUGUGCGAUCAAUGAAAAAUGUUGCAGUGUUGACGGAGGACGGGGCAUUUGCCCUCUUUUUUCGUCCCCACCCCGGGGGAUUUGACAGCUCAAGAGUCCCCACCCCCGGGAAUUGGCCAUGUAAGGCCGAAAACAUGCUAUUGCCGGGGGGUCAGCCCGGAGGGGGGGGGGGGCAGGGCGCAGCUGGAAUUGACAGGUGCAUAAUUAAGAUUAUCCAGUUUUCGUUAAAUAUGGGCACAAUGUUUUUUGACUUUAUAGUUAUUACUCAGUUAUAAGCGUGCUAUUAUUUGUCUACUAUUUGAAUGACGGUAAAGCGCAACACGUGACGUCACUAAUGCAGGUUUUUGUUAAAGGAUUCUGAUAACCAGGAUCUCACUGCUGAUUUGGCAACAUACGUAACUGCAUUAACGCAAUCAGAAAUAAGUAUGGUUUAGCAGUUACUCCCACAAUGGGGUGCUCGGGUCAGUAUGAUGCUGCAUUGUUUUUCCGUCAGCGUUUUUUAGCCUAAUUGAUGUAAGUUACCGACAAGCGUACUAGAAUAUGCCUAGUAACUAACUUUAAGGGUUUAAUCUUUAUAGAUUAUAAUGGAGGGAAUAAGGGGCGUUUCCUUUACCAGUGAUGUAGCCAUAGAUAACAUCGCAUUCACAAAUGGAUCCUGUGAACGACUUGGUAUGUACACGAGUAUUUAUCACUGCAUUUUUGAAAUAUCACAACAAGCUGACACUCAAAGGUGGAUCAAACUCAUAAAACGUAUUUCAAACGACAUUUGUAACCUGUUUUCCUUUGUUUCAAGUUACCCAGUCGUUAUACGCCUUCAUAAAGAAAGAUGCUACAGACUUCAAAUUGGACAGAAUUCCAGUUCACAGUGGAUGGUCCUAUCAGUUUACAGUGCAUGCUCUUCAAACAAGAAACAGUUCCGCCGAUGUGAUGUACUUUGUGUACAGAGCAAACACUGUCCAUUGUGCAAAAAGCGUCACCCAAGAGCUUUCAUUAGACGACCUCAGUUGCUUCCCUCGAGACUUCUUCUUUUCCUCAAGGACAUAUCAGCCACAUUACAAAAAGUUGUUGCUUCUGAACCGAGGAGAAACACUACCUUACGGGAUUGCCUUAGAGGAAUACCAUAACUGCUGUGGUCAGACAGUUACUGAGUAUUUCUUUGCAAAUGUGUCAUUAGACCGUAAGUGAAUAAGUGAACUUAUACUAAGUUGUCUGUGACUUAGGCAUAAAACCCAUCUUUUUCCAAAUAUAAUACGACGGCUAGUUUUCUUUUAACAGUAAGGUUAAUACCACUGCCGGCCGGUAACGAGAUAUCUAGUUAUUCAGGUUAAAAUGAAAAAAAAAAAUGUGAAUCAUUAUUCAAGUAAAACCUGAAGCUUUGGUCAGUUGUUCAGAAACUGUGUAUGGAUUGUUGUUGUUGUUUUUUCCAAUUUCAGAACAAAAUGCAUGCCCACUUGGCUGGUUUAAUUUGGGCGAAUCAUGUUUUCGAAUACACAUAAAAUUUAGUUACGAAACGUGGAAAGACGCCAUGUUCAAGUGUCAAAACCUUGGAGGAAGACUCGCUGUUCUUGGUAAUGACGUCAAACUGCGUGCCUAUUCAAGAUUCAUCGAGGACUAUGUGGAGGACUUAACGUACUUUAGUCGUUUCUUUUUCGUCGGGGCUCAUGUUGUCAGUGACGGGCGCUGGAUUACUGUCCGAAAACAACUGCUUUCAGCUCGGUCGUUACCAUGGGGAUCCUUUCAACCUUCAGGUGAUGGUUGGUGCACUGACCUGAUUUUCGAAGAGAAGUGGAAUUCUAAAGGCUGGAGAAUCAACGACAAAAACUGCUUAUCAAAAGAAGGAUUUGUCUGCCAAAAGCCUAAGAACAUCUCAGGUAAUAGAUUUAAAUUCAUUGUACAUGCAUUUGAUUUACAAGGAGUUUUUAAGUGAUAUUAAAUCAGGAGAAGAGGAUAAUAAAUUUUAGUUAGUACUUAAUCUUUAUAAAUACUAUAAAUACAGAUUUUUUUAAAAAAGGACGUAUCCAAUUUGGCAGCCCUUUGAGUGGAAGAGGGCCAAAAGGCUGGUUUUUUUGCGUCCGAUAAUCUAGGAAAUCACACUAACAAAGGAAAAGGAAAGGAAAAAUGGGGAAGACCUUAGAUAACAAUGACCUCAACCAGGUUGUGGAGUCCGGCGGAGCGAAAAGGGAGAAGAAUGAAAAAAAGCAAUGGUUGCACCCUUAGUUUUUAUAUUAGCUAUUCUGGAGACCUUUUUCAACGAAGAAAAAAACCGCCUAACGGAAAAGAUCUAUUUGGCGGUAAUGUUUUCAAAAAUUCAUCUAUUUAUCUAGGCGGACUUUUCAAGACGUUGUCGCCAAAUGGAGCUUUGGCGUCCAACAGUUUUUUCGGCCAAAAACUAUCUCCACAGUAGCUAUUAUAAGCUAUUGUAAAAACUAAGAGUAUAAUUAUAAAAACUAAGAGUUCGAAAAUUCAUCUAUAUAUCUAGCCGGACUUUUCAAAACGUUAUCGCCAAAUGGAGCUUUGGCGUCCAACGGUUUUUCGGCCAAAAACUAUCUCCACAGUAGCUAUUAUAAAAACUAAGAGUGUUUUUUUCUCUUCUCCUCAUUUCCUUCUCUUCGCUUUUUCUUUUUCUCCUUUCAUCUUCCUUCGUUACUGUGAUAUUGGAGCUUCUCGGGCUUAAGAAACCUGCCUUUUGACACCUUUUCACUCAAACGACUACAAAUUUCGUUUAAGGUUGGUUUUCAAAUAUCUAUUGACCGCAAGCAUCAUUGAAUCAGGUUGACUUUUAUCUUUUGGCAUAAGACUCACUCAGUAUAAACGUUACAUUGGUGAUUGGUUUCACAGGGUCAACGUGUGAUUCCGGUUGGUUCGUGGUGAAUGAUUCAUGUUUUCGAGUAUUUGUGGGGACUUCCUUUGCCAGAGAAUGGAACUCGGCUCGUGUGUCGUGCAAACGACUAGGAGGCGACCUUGCCGUCGUUGAAUCUGAAAUUAAAAGAAAAAUUAUCUCAGAACAUCUCACUAACAUAUCCAAUAAGUACCCAGAUGACAACAUCAAAGCAUUUGUUGGUAUUCGCAAGUUUGGCACAUGGCAUUGGUUAGACGGCAGCAAUAUUUCAGCUAGCAUUUGGCGUUUUGGGUAUCCCGAUAUUUUGUCAGGGAGUAGAGAGUGUGGCUUGCUAGUUAAAUGGUGGUUUUCACUUGAAUGGAAGCUUAUUCCGGUGUCUUGUUCUGGUCGGUAUCCAGUUGGAUUCACGAUCUGUGAAACAGAUGAACGUAAGUCCUUCAUUAUGGUAAUUUGAUAUCCAGUUUUUUUGGUAAAACGUUUGUCUUAGAUCCAUAGAAGAUCACAAGACAAAUUUUGGAAACUUUUCUUGAAGAUGAUUCUUUAAUUUUGCUCUUAUUAUUAUUCAAUAAUGCUUAGGAAGAUUUUUGGUCGGUUGGCAAUCCAUCCAUUCAUCCCAGGCCAACGGCAGCGGUGAGCCCUUCCAUGCCAUCGACGGUAACGCUGCUUCUUGUUUCACAGUUAAAGGGCAACGGGUAAGUGUUUUGCGGUAACAAUCCAUUUCAGUUGUACCCCGCCUAGCUUAUGAAAUGCCGAUCAUGAACUAGCUUUGUUCGUAGUUAAAUUGUCUAUAUUUGUAAAUGAGUUGCUAGUUUUCAAGAUGCCUGCCAUAUAAUAUGUUUGAUUUAAGCUGGCCCAUUCUAGAAACGUUCCCUACCCUUUUACCAAAUAAAUGCUGUGGUUUCAGUUUGCACUUGACUUAAAUUUUAAUUCCCUUUGUUUUUGAAUAUGGUAAUACGUGGUAUCCAGUUUGAAACUAAAAACGAAGAGGUUCAACUUAGAAUAAAUUGAACCACAACAAAUACUGACUGUACGGUCUUGCUGUAACUUUCUUUACCAUAGGGUCAGCCAGUCUGGUGGGCCGUAAUUUUGCAAAGACCAGCAUUUAUCAGCAAAAUCCGGAUCAUUAACAGCCUGGGGUGCUGCCUUGCAGAAAUGACCAAAUAUAAUGUCAUUUUAAGGAACAGUGUGGAAACCGAAAAAGCAAACUGUAAAGUUUACUCCUGGAAGGACAGACAAAAAACACUGAUGAUCUGUGAGCCGUUGAUUUCUGCUUCAAAUGUAACUAUCUAUGAAGACGGUGGGGAAGGUUUAAGCCUGUGUGAGGUGAUGAUAACGACAAUAGGUGAGAACUGUUAACGUUUUUUGCUCCAUUCACAUUGAUAAUGUAAACUAAAUUCCUCGAAAAAGAUAGUUGUUUUUCAUUCAUCAAAUUGAAAGCCAAAUAAUCCAAAGGGACAUUCUCUUAAAAGAUCUCCACGUUGCAAAUUUGACACGCUCUCACUGUUUGGACAUGCUGGCGCCCAUGUUGUGCAUAAGAAAUGAGAUCUUGAUGUUGACUUUGGAGCGCGCAAGAUAGAGUGUUCAACCUUGAUGUGAACAGAAGAAAUAAUGACGCACACACGAAAAAUUGCGACUAUUUUUAUGACCAUUGCUUCUAAAAAGCAUACACGUUUUUGCUUUUCUUGGUAUUGACAAAUAUAUUCGACCAUUAUUAAAUACACAGAAAGCGAAGAGAGUGUUCGUGGCGUUCUUCAAGAACUUUGGUACAAUAUUCCUUUUGGUACGAUAACGAGUUUGCGGGCACACAACAGGCUUCCUAGCACUGAUCCAGAUGUUGUCAACAUUCUCCGACAGUUUGACUCCCCCUCCAACUUCCAUGCAAAUUAUGGACAACGUCUGACAGGGUAUUUGCAGGUACCUAGUUCUAAUAUUAUUUUUCCUGUAAAAUUUGGUCUCAUAUUAUGCUUAUAUAUACGAACUUUAAGGUGUUGUACAAAAAGAGGUAAAGAAUUUUGACCAAGAAUCCUAAAAGGAUUGCAGGGAUCCUUUUUUUUUAUUUUCUGGGCGUUUGUGUGUGUUUUCCAACCAUUUUCUAUAUGCCAACCCAAAUAUUUCUUUCCCUUUAAUAUUUCCCUUUUCAUGUAAAAUGCACCCGUUGCUGACAUCCCUUGCGCAUUCUGUGACAGGUAUAGUAACUCAUACCACUCAUGUCACUAAUUUUAUUUGUUGUUCUUUUUGUCUCGCGUAAGGUACCUGAAAGCGGUAACUACACCUUCUUUGUCGCACGCGAUGACAAUUGCGAGCUUUGGUUACAACCAGAGAGGGUAGAGCUCGUUGAAAAAAUAAAGGAAAACGAAGCAUCAGACAAACUAGGUCUCAUAAAACUGGACUUUUGGACAGACCACAAUCAAUGGGACAAGUAAGAAUACAUUGUCAUUUGAUAAAAAAGGUUAUUUUCUCCUGAAAACUAAACGGCGCUUCGUCGCACUUCCCUUUAUCCACUUUAGACUAAUAAUAAUAAUAAUGGAAUUUACAUAGCGCUUAUACAUCGCUGUUCUUAGCGCUUAGACUGCGAUCAGUGCAAAAGUGUUUAUCUACCGAGCCUAAAAAAACAAUUCGUUUUUGGCUGAAUUAAAGCGAGUCAAAUUUUGGUUUUACUUUUUGAAACUGAGCGAUAAUACAACUAAUGAAUCACUAAGCGCAGGAAAUACCAGACUAAAAAUUUUAUUUGCUUUGCCUUAACAAAACACACUAAUUAACAUUUGAAUUUGGUUCCUUAGGACCAACGUAUUUCCUAGAUAUCCUAAAACCAUUACCUCAUGAGAAUAAACUUUUAGCUAUGAAAAGUCAAACACAGUGUAUCGUUUUGUGUGUAUGCAUGCACGUUUUUAUUUAUUUUUUUAUGAGUAAAAUUAUCACCCGCACUCGUUUUUGUGUACGUUUCUUUAGAUUUCCCUCUCUCCAGAUAUCCAAAGAGAUAUGGUUAAGGAAGUGCCACUUGUACUCUGUGGAGCUACUAAUAAAGCAAUCAGGAGGAAGUGAUUGUGCCUCCGUAAGAAUGAAGCUACCAAAUGGGACAUACAAAGGCCUAAUAACUGCAGCUCACAUAUUUUGGGUGAAGCCAGGUAAAUAACUGAAUGUAGCUGAUGCUACUGAACGAAGACACCCUUCAUAGGCGUUAAAAUUGUCUGUCUGCACAUGUUUUCUCAGGAACUGUUUCUCUCAAGCGGAGACUAGUUGCUGUUUACUGACGCCUGCAUUGCCCAGCGCUCCCUUGUUCCCUAGACUUUUACCUUUCGCUUUCUCUCCUUACCCCUUUUUUGUUUUUUCUUCCCAGGAUUUUCCUUUUGUUGGGUAUGUAAUAUUAGCGUCAUUUUAGCCGGAAAGGUUCCGUCAAAAUUCUGAGGAUUGUAAAGUUCUUUGAAAGUAACUUAAGAACAACGUUUUCGUUGAAAAUUUCCGGUCAACUUAACCUGUUUUUUUUUCUGGCUAGUUUGAGUGAAACUUUCUCAUUCGGGUAUGGUUUGAAAGAUCCUUCCCUCUUCACAAAUUAGUUGUCAAAGUUCUUUAUGGCCUUUAAAACGGAUCAUGACAAGUGGUGCAAGGGACAAGUCUUACCUAUCGGAUAAAUAGUUGUCUUUACCGAAAUUCUUAUUUGGAAAACAUCGAUUUUCCUUCUAUGCAGAUUAUGAAGGAUUUGAAAUCUGUCUUAUAUAUUGUCGUUAUAAUUUGCAAUUCCUACAGGUGUUGGAUACAUAAACUUUGACAUAACGUCUAUUCCUAAAAAGUUCACCCUCAAGACCGGUGAAAAACUUCUAAUUCAAGGUAUUUUAGGUGGCAUGAUUUGCUUAUCCAAAAUUACUCGUAUGUGAAAGAAGUUCCAUAUUUGUGCCAGUACCAAACAUUUUGUUUUAUUAGUGGAAAACCAUUAACCAUAAUUUGAACUCCAAAGCUGCCAUAGCACUAAUAACUACAAAUUUAAAGAAUAGAAUUUUUUUUUGUAACAAAUAAAAAUUUUCAGACAAUGCGCCUGCUUGAUCUUAAUUAACCUGCUUAGACUGUCGAGUCAUUUUCUCUUCUUCAACCAUAUAGCGUUUUACAAAUAUUGCUUCCGUGGAUUGUACCGCUCUGGAUGUCCCACUCGCUUACAUUUAACAUUUGGUGCGCAAAGGAUUUUAGUUCAUGAUGGCUUAGUGAUGGAUUGUCAAGAACGCUAUUUCAACUGUAGUUUCGACACCUUUCAACAGGAAGGAACAUACCAAAUUAAUGUAAGAAGUUUGAAUUUCUCGUAUUCAUUUUAUAAUUAAAUGAUUAUGUUUUUACCAAGUAUUUGCCUUACAAAUAACACUGUGUAUCGUCAUGUGUUAGGUAACGUAUGACCUGGUCGAUUCCUUGUUAUAUACGACAGAGGUUUCAAGGCAAAUUAACGAAGUUCAUAUCUCAGGUAUGACAGUCCCGGCUGUAUGUAAAAAUAUUCUUGUUCACUUGAAGUAUUCAUUAUCCAGUACAAGAUUUCACUUUUAUUCUUUUUAUUAGCUAUCCUAGUAGAGGGUUGCAGCUUCACUUCUGACCUUUGUUCGUGGAACAGUAAAGAUAAUGGUUGGACACUUUCACCCUCUGGCAAAGGUUUGUAUUGUUGACUCUAUAAUAACCCAUGUACAUGAGCCUUUGGUCUCGACCGAAAUAUGAUGUAAUGACACCUGAAUGUAGCUCCAACAAUUGAGGGGGGCUUAAACUAACAGCAUCCUGUUACUGCGCAUGUGCCAAACUUUGAUUUUCUGACGGGAUGUAGCGAAAUUUAAAAGAUGCGAGGAGAGUAAGAGGACGUUGAAAAUCCAUUUGCAUCGCGCUCGGCCGAGUUCGAUGCUACACUAAAAAUUCUCAGAGUUACAUGCAGAUCAAUGAUAUAUUGUUUCCGUUAAGUUUCGAUUUGGGCGAAAUCGGGAUUUUUUGGCGUUACUUUCAUUGCUGUUGGCAAGCGCAUUAAUGCCAGUUUAAGGCUUAUUUCUCCCGCUAGCUUCCAUACAAGGUCAGAUGAUCGUGAAAGGAAUACGCAGAAAUGGAACAGCCACAAUAAUCACUAUGUAAGAAAGAAACCAUUAAGACAUGGAUGUGACAGAGGAGAUCUUGUGGAAUUGAACUCCGUCAAGCACGGUUUGCAACGACGUGUUAGUAAACUUUUAAAUAAACUUCCCUACGGCCGACAAAGUCAAACAAACAGGCACUACAUGCUUAGAGAAACGAGUGCAAUGAAAUUAUAAUAUAAUGUUUGAAUAACCUUCGAGAGGCUUCGUCGCGUUGAGAUUGCAUUUUUCUUCAUAUCUUUCGAGCCUCUGAGCUUGGACUCGCCACAAAUUGGGAUCUGAUACGAUCGAGUUUCACAGCAGAAAAGCUGUUUUCAAAGCAAGCGGAACGAGCUUUUCGGGUCACGAGGCAGCAGAGCUACCGACAAGAACGCGAUAAGUCUUCGUACCGCGAGCCAAACUUUAACAUGACGCAAGAUUUCCUCAAAAGUCAAAAAUAUUACUUCAGAAUGUAAGCAACAAAUCUCCGUCGGCGGUACGGUCCGGAAGGAAAUGUUGUAGCAUCAAUAUGACAGUUCUAUUGUCUUUUUAAGAAAUAACAGAUAACGCUCGAGCGUGCGCAUGGUCGGGACACUAUCCCUUUAAAGACGAAUAGGCUUGCACUCAGCAAUUGCAAUCUACGAUAUUAACGGUGCAUAUUGUAUUGGAAGCUGUAGAGUAAACUUUAGUUAUCCAAGUUGUAAACCAUCUUAAGCAAUUUGUUAUACGCAUGUCAACUCACAGGGUACCAUUUUGCGAAUAAUACCUUGCGCGAUGUAGUUGGUGACUGCGGAAGGAAAACAUAAUUUUGACGCUGCAGAGUUCUUCGUCACAUUGCUACGCAAUGAUAGGAAGAGCUGACAGCAAACGCUUGGCUGCCACAGGCCCUUUAUCCCAGCGGUUUCUUAUUAUUUUGGUCGUCACCAAGCCUUGUUUCGGAAAAAAAUAUGUUAUGUUGUUUUUUGGGGGUAUUCUUUGAACUUUAUAAUAAAGACAGUGGGAAUUAAUUGAUGUGUUAUUUUAUGUGAAUUCAGGAGUUGUGGCCCGUUUUGACGACAAAGUUGGUGUUCUAGAGAGCCCAUGGAUUUCAAAAAAUAUUACUUAUGAAAAAACUGGGUUGUGCCUGUCCUUCUCUUAUCUUUUUUCCGCUCAUUCUGGAUCAUCAGUAACUUUUAAACUGCUGACAUCAUCAAAAAAUGUCUCUUUGUGGAGUCUCCAUGGUUACCAGGGCCAAACUUGGCUGACAGGCCAAGUGUCAUUCAAACCAAGUGAGGAUUUUAAGGUAUGAUGUCCUUGGAGUAGCAUAAUCUAUCUUUUCAUUUGGUUGUAAGAUUGAUUUAUUUAAGAUUAAAGAUUGAUUAAGAUUGAUUUAUUUAAUCAUGCCUUCUAUAUAUUUUGUAAUUUUGUAGGUUCUUAUUGUUGCUAUCGGAAAACAGCCGUCUGGUUUUAAUCGUGGGGCAGUUAAAAACAUUAGUAUUACUACAAAACAGUGUAAGCAACUACCGCCUCAUAGUUUACCAGGUACGUAUUCUGUUCUAAUAGUCAUCACUUUUGUCCAUUAAUGGGAUUCUUAAAACCAUCUGGGUACAUUAAGCUGUCCGGCGACGCAAAGUCUGUGCACUUAUAUGAACAAAUGAGUGAUUGAAAUAUGCAAAUAAUAGAGGCGGCUUUUUUACUUCGAGGAGCUUCACGGACUGUCACUAUAACGUCAUUUUUUUAGGAUUCGUGUGCGACGGCAAAAGUAGUUUUCAGUGCGACAAUGGAAAAUGCGUAAGCAAAGACCUAGUAUGCGAUGGAGACAAUGCUUGCGGAGACGAAUCAGACGAGAAAAACUGUAAAUGCCUCACAACUGAAUUUGAGUGUCCUACUGGAGAAUGUCUUGGUGUGGAGAAGCUAUGUGACUUGAGAAAGGACUGCAAGGACGGAACAGACGAGGCAAGAUGCGGUAAGCAACAGAUUACAAAAAGUUAAUUAUUUCCCGGAAUCAGAUUUGUUACUUUAGGGUCUCAUUAAUAUAGGGCAAAGCUGCUCAGAAGAUACUCUUUCAUGCGCUGGAGGUGGUUGCGUACCAUGGUCUCGCACGUGCGAUGGACAUACGAACUGUGAGGAUGGAACAGAUGAGCCAUCUAUAUGUGGUAAUUUCGCAUUUGUUACAUGUACUUUUCUUUGAUUCGACUUUGAUGGCUCUUUUUGCUGCACAUUAAAGUAGCCAGCACUUUGUCUUUCAGAUUAGUAUAAUUUAGCUAGUAAACGUUUUAUCGGCGAUACAUGAGUAAACUUGGUGUAGAUGUCUACACGUCUGAAUCUAUAGCGUUAAAGGUGUUUUCACAGAGUGUGAUCGAGCGGUAAACUUUUCAAUAUUUUAGCACAAAAGGUCAUUCUUUUUAUUUAUAUUCAUGGCAAUGCACAGAUUAGUGCGUAGGUAAAUGUUUUGACUAACCUCAGAAAGAAAGCUGCUGCCAAUACCGGGGUUUGUUUUCAGAUCUGGGCAGAAUCCGAAUAGAAUAGCUGUUGCCACCAAAUUCGUAGCUACAUACCAAUACCUACUAGCGGGUACCGCUAUAAUUUCCUUGCUAAACUAGUGGUCAGUCCCAGAAUGUUAAAUGAUAUAGAAACGACACUGUUUGAUAUCUGAUGUUUCUAUCGAUCUAUGAUCAUCUUCAGCUACAAGUAAUCUACCAAUAUACGGUGAUGCAUGAUGCAAUUGUAUGUGACGUUACCGACGUGAUAACAAUUUAAAAUUAACGUUUUUAAUAAGCGCGAGAUAACGUAUAUUACACAAUCAAGGGAAAGGUACAAAGAAACCAAAUAAAUCAAAUAUCAAAAUCCGUUUAAAUGUUUAAUAUGCAGCAAAAUAAAUGAACGAAUAAUAAAAUAAACAAUAAAUAAAUAUAUUAAAGUUAAUUAAAAUUGUAAUAAUAAACGACACUAUGCAUAAUAAUCAACUAAUGAAUUCAUUAGACAGUACUUUUGUUUCUUCAGGGUCUUCGCACUGUCCAUUGCUUAAUCUGAGGUGUGAUUUGUUUAAUUAUACCAAUUCGUCAAACUUUUACCAGUGUGUUGGAAACAAAGGUAUGGAAGUAAGAAUCUUGUCAUUUUAUAUUUUUUGAAAAAUGAAGACGAUUUUUUACCUGUAACAGUGAAACAGUCGCUCAAAAUUAAAUUAUUAUGAAAGGCAAGUGCAAAAGCUUUCCAUACUGAGAAAUGAACCCAAUUAAUUCUCUAAAAUUCGUUUUGUUCAUAACGUGAAUAAGGUAUUUCUGCCAAUAAGCAGCAGGUAAAUUGAUGAGAUCUGAGUAAUCCAGAUAUCCUACAUGUAUCUAGGCGUAAUAUAAUACAAAUCAACACUACCUUUCUAUGAUUUAUCAUUUCUUGCCGACAACAGGAAUGACAUUGCUCUCUACUUACGAAGUCUUUCUUGUGCAUUGUGUUAGUUAAAUGCGAUUUUGAGGAUGGGCUAUGCGGGAUGGAACAGGGUCGUUGGCGCAUUGGAUCUGGCUUAACACGUACGGAGAAAACUGGCCCGGAUUAUGAUCACACCACACUUGGACCUGAAGGUUGGUUUGAGUGAUACUAAGUCUCAAGUAUUUCAGUUUUCUCUUCGUUUUCCCUUUUGGAAAGGCGCCACCAAGUGUUUCAAACUAUCCCAUGAACAGCAAGCUGCACUAAGUUUAUAUUUAAAAAGAAAAUUAAAAUAGUUAUAACAAUAGUAGAAACAACGCAAUAAAGAAAAUGCUAAGAGAAACGAAUAGCUCUUAAAUGAUGGGCUGAUACAUCAACUGAACUUGACAGCUGUUCGAAACUAAACGUUCUUAUUAUGACAACGUGUAAAAGACCAAAAGCUUUGAUAAGAUUUCUGAUGCACUUUGUUUGACUCUAAGUCUUUUGUUCUUUCUAAGUUUAUUUAUGUAUUUACUUCUGCUAUUCCUUUGUCUGUAUUUAUUUACCUAUCUAUCAAGGAAAAUACCUAUUUCUGGAAGCAUCGGAGCAGAAGGCACGCGAGGGAGCCAUUCUGGCCAGCCGUACAGUUGGUCCUGGUAAACAUAUUUGUUUGCAGUUUUGGUAUCACAUGAAAGGAAAAGAUAUCGGGAGCUUGAAAGUCUACAUUCAAACAAAUGAAACAAAAACGCUAGUUUGGAAUACGACUGGUGCACAAGGUGACAAAUGGAAAUUUGGACAAGUUGGAUACAAAGGCGACUCGAAAAGCUACAAGGUAGGGGUGAUUUUGCAACAAAUAACUUAAUAACUGUUCUAAAAAUUGCUAUCCGUACUAAUGAUGAUCUUUUAUUACUGAGAUUUGACAAUCGAAAAAUGAGAGGGCUAGUCAGACGUUGUCGUUGUUGCUGCUGUAGAUUCAUGAUAUAAAUUAAAUAAAUAUAGUUCUCGUUCAUAAUACGCAGCGCUAUUCAAAGAAACCGAGGGCAGAUAGUUCAGUCACAAAUUGAUUGAUUCUCCCCUGGAUGACUACUAUAAUUUUGAAUCGAAAUUUAUGAGUCAGUGCGUAGGAAUGCAAGUGAGCUUUCGUCACUCAAUUUAACUUAGAAAAUGGCAAAUCCUUUGUAAGCGAGAACGGAUCUCGUUGUUGAGUAAUAUGUUCGUUCAACUGAGAUAUGGCACCCUUUAAAGUAACUCGUCUGAUUCCUCUUUCCAGGUCAUCGUAGAGGGUGUUGCGGUUGGUGGUGGAAUUUACGGAGACAUUGCCGUUGAUGAUCUGUUCUUACUUGGCGAAAAUAUGUGUGACAUCAUAACGGGGAGUGGUUAGUCUACCAUUACGAAACUUCUUUCAAAUUCUAUUUAACGUCUGGCUAAAGAAGAAAGCCUCAAUUAGGGCUUGUACCUGGUACAGUCGAGCUUGAAAAAAGUUAAAAGCGCGAAUGAUAUGUAAAUGGCAUGAUAGUACUUUUCACACUUUCGCAUUGCCCAUAGACAUUUUCGCAUUGCCCAUAGUACGCAGUGUUUGCACCUCAACGCCCUCCCCUCCCUACCCUAGAGUUUUUCCUAAUCAUUGUUAUCAAUUUCAUUGGGGCAGUGCAACUGUCCCGAAAGAAGAAUGCGUACGCAAGAUUUUCGGGAGCAAACAGAGCACAUUAUGAGCAGUGCGAAAAUGGUGAAUUCACUAAAUUUUCAAGUAUCAUUUUUUGGAACAGUGUCAUAUCUAUGUUGUCUCCGGAGACUUUGAAAAGGUCCUCGUCGUGAUCGAUUUAAACUACCUAUGUCCGAAGACACGGGUUAAACGAAUGUGUUCACUUUACCGGUUUAUUCUCCUCUUCAACUGCUGUAUUUAACAGAGCUUCCGGGAUGUCUGUUUGAGCUGGAUCAUUGCGCUUGGAAGCCGAGUGACAACUGGCGAAUGAGCAAACUUUCCCCUUUGAAAUUUUCGGAAAAGAAUUGGCCAAACACCCUGGGUACGUAUAUUUUCCCCUUUUGUUUUAAUAAAGCAAAUAGAGGAUUUCGCUGUAAAUUCCUUAAAUGUGAUAUUCUGCAGGAGGAUUUACAUAUUUGCAAGAUUGUUCCAACACGUACAAAGAAUCGGGGUGCUAUGGGACAUUGAAAAGUCGACGCAUUUUGCCUGAAGCAGGUUGGAACUGUAUGCAGUUCUGGUAUCAUACAGGAACCACUGGAUCCAGUUCUCUUCAGGUGUAUUUAAUAAUCAAUGAAACUAAAGCCAAUUUGUGGAGUUCAGACUCUCAUCAAGGAAAAGCUGGACAUUGGAUGUAUGUUCGCUUGCCAAUCGACUCUGGCUCAAAGCCAAACCAGGUGAAUACCUCAGUUAAAUAGAAAUCUCUAAAGCUAUUGAAUUAUUCCUGUUUACUUCAUCUGAUGUUUUCGUGCCGAUAAUUUCUUGACAAGCAUACAAUGUCAUAGUUUGACUUAACAGACAAAACAAGCUCAAGCUAAAAAUGCUAUAAAUUACCGAUUAAACUGCUAAGUUUUAAAAAAGGGUUUCGUUUGAUUGCAUGUUUUUCCAAGUUAUUUGAAUGUUUCUGGGCUUAUUUGUAACUAUUUACAAGCUUCUCUGCCAAAAUGAGGAAACGACCAUUAAAAAACAGGUGGGCACUGAAGAAGAAGUGUUACGGUAAAAGGGACUUGGAAACUUGCAUGUCACGCUUUGACGUUGCCUUUUGUCUUACCGAGAAAACACUUUAGUAUCAUGACAAGUGUAAAUUCUUUGAUUUUUGACUUUUGGGAUGUAACUAGGUCCUUCUUGAAGGUCGGACUUCCUUGAAGUCGGAAUUCCUCGCCGUGGACGACAUAACAUUUCAAACCGAAAUAUGUCAAGCAAUUCCCUGGCAAGGUAAGUGUUAGAAAGUGGUAGCCCUAUUGAGUUGCAUGGUGGGAAUAUGAAAGGGAGACACGUUCCUGAUAGCAUAAGAGUCAGUUGCUUUUAGUAUAAUUAUGUCACUGACUUAAAGCUGAUGAAAUAGUUCAUAUUUGUGGACUGGGAAUGAAGAUUUUUAAGUAGAUAAUGUGAUUCACGCCUUUGAUCAACAACUGCUUGGGUUAUUUUUACGAUGCGAUGACCAAAUUUGUGCGAGUCAUCACUUCACAGCGGUAAGCAACUUAGUUGAAAAUAAGACUUCUUCUCGGUCAAUUUCAGAGCGGCUGAUUUUUUCGGUAGUGCAAUGCAUUGUGAUCUUUAUCCUUAAAUAUUUUCCAAACGGCAUUGUUCUGUUACAAUGUAAUUUUGAAUACCUAAAAGUACCCUCUUCGCAGCCUUUAUAGACCUCACGAAGGCUUUUGUCCUGGUAAGCAGAGACGGCCUAUUCAAGAUUCUGCCCAAAAUCGGAAGUCCACCCAGGCUCAGCAUAAUUAGAUCCUUUCAAGAAGACAAGAAGGGGUCUCUUUCGUCUUUGACGGCUCAACAUCAGACCCUUUCGACAUCUGGAGUGGAGUGAAGCAGGACUGCGUCGUAGCACCGACCUUAUUUCGGAUUUUAUUCGCUGUCCUGCCGAAACAGGACUUUGAAGUUACAACAGAGGGCAUCUAUCUCCAGACCAUAUCAGACGGAAAUCUCUUCAACCUUUCCAGACUAACAGCAAAGUCCAAAUGAAGUGUCUGCCUGAUUUCCCCUUUGCCUACGAUGCAGCCAUCACCGCCCAUUCAACCGAAGACCUUCAGCAGCUCAUGAACCGGUUCAGGAAGGCCUUCCAAGAUUUUGGGCUGACCAUCAGCCUGAAGAAGACACGGGUUCUGGCUCGGAAUGUGGACUCACUUCCCAACAUUGAAAUCUUGAAACAUGAACUGAAGAUUGUCAAUGACUUCGUAUCUCUGAUACUCUUUCUCUGAAGUACGAGCUACACAAGCGCAUCGGCAAGGCUGUUACUACCAUUUCCAAGCUGACUAAGAGAGUAUGGUCCAACAAGAAGCUGACGGAAAAUACCAAGAUCCAGGUCUACAGAGCUUGCGUUUUGAGCACACUGCUGUACGGCGGCGAGUCCUGGAUUCUUCACGCACGACGGGAGAGGAAGCUUAACACUUUCCACACGCGCUGUCUCCGACGCAUACUUAGCAUCACCUGGAAGGACAGAGUUCCAAACAACACAUUCCUGGAGCGAACUGAACAUGAACUGAAACUCCCAGUAUGUAUACAUUUCUGAAACAGAGACGUUUGCGCUGGCUCGGCCAUGUUGUGAGAAUGGGUGACAGCCCGAUCCUAAAGAAUCUCCUUUAUAGAGAAUUGGCUAACGGAAAGCGCCACUGGCAGACCUCAAUUACGCUGCCUAUAAAGUUGCCUGCAAGAGGUACCUGAAGGCCUUGGGCAUUGACGUCAACGGAUGGAAAACCUUGGCUUCAGGACGCUCACCUUGGAGGCAGGCAUUUGCAGCAAGGUCUCCCUGAGUUUGAAAAGACAUCUACCGAACAGGCUGAGACAAAGAGACAAACGAGUAAGGUCCGAAAUCAAGGAGAUAGGCCAGCAACUGAUCAGAUCUGCCUACUGUAAGUGUAAAAGGGACUGUCAUUCUGUCAUUCUUUCCAGACACACAAGGCGCUGUUCGAGAACCACUAAUCAGAGCGCGGCACCAUACUCUUUGGAGACUGAAGGAUGCCAAUGAAAAGCACGCCCAGUCGAUUACUAAAUUUAAAAAAUCUCUUUUUGUACAACGUUUCUUAAACACUGCCAUAGGAAUGUGCCAGUUAAUCAAGCUCUUAAUGUACGCCAUUUCAGUUUAACUUUGUUAAAUGUUUUUGAUAUUUCCGUAGAAAAUAGUACAGAAUAUGGAAAAAACCUCCUUAAAACGCAGUAUUUCUGGAAACUAGACGGAAGCGACGGAAAUAUAAGGUAUGCCUAAUACAAGAUCAUGAUAGCCCUCUGUCAAGUGAAUAACAAACUUAAAACUUGCGAUACUGAAUGUACAAUACGAUGAUCUAAAUUGUUAGUACUAAAAACACGCACUCGAUUUAAAGGACCGAUAGGUAAACAGUUUUUCAACCCCAUACUACACAAGAAUCAACAAAAUUGGGGGUUUAAUGUGGAAUAUUCAGAAAAUGUUGGCUAGACAGAGAUUUGAAAAUAGGCAUAGAACAGAAAUGUAAACGCAGUUGCUAAUUUAUUACACAUUGUUUAUCCGAGUAUCGAAAUAUGUCAUGUCCUAAAAACUUUGGCAAAGAAUUCUAACUUUCAAUCAGUGACUCAGAGACGGCUCGGAAGAAAAAAACCCGAGUACUCCGGCCCAAUGGGAAUCGAAGCUAUGACAUUCUGGUUACUAGUCCAGAUGCUCUACUACUAAGGCGGACACUGGUGGUAACUAAGCGGUCACUAAACAAGGCUCAUGUGCCAAAUAUCUUGCAUACUGCUAGGACUAGAAUGUCUAUUUGUGCUUAUGCUUAACGAUAGAUAUAUAAUAGUUAAUUUCAAGCCUGGUGAAUAUAUGAGAAACAUUAUUCCAUAUGCUUUUAGCUUGAAAGGUACUGCUUCAUACCAAACUGACGGCGGGAUAAAAUCUUUGCACCUUGACGGAAGAUCUGGUUAUGCAGAAAUUCCUGCAAUCAAUUUCACGAAGAGCAGCUUUUCAAUCGCCCUUCGAUUUAACGUCCACAAUUCACACCGUCUUGGACAUCUCAUUUCUGAUUGGUCAUCACCAGGGCACUUUAGACUGUAUGUGAAUCACAGAAAAGUAUUCGUGGAAUUGCGACGAAGUGAUGUAGUGCAGACCUUGCUUAAUAUGACUAGCGAUAGGUUAGUAAAAACGCGUUCGCACGACUUUUCUUUUCCACUUGUUCUUGAAUACCAGGCCUGGUAAGGAAUUAUGAUAGACGAUGAAACAGCAUCAACUUUGCUGAGUGCCCAUAAAAAAUUACUAGACAUUUAUUGUCAUGAUUUUGCUUCCAGUCGAUGGUUGUUAGACUCAAAAAGGGUUGAAUUAUUUGCUUUUUAAUUUGCAUAGUUAAUUAAGGCUAAAAAAGGCUAAUCCUUGCGAAAUUUCGAUGUGAUGUGGUAUGGUGCUGUACAUUCUAGUUCUCGAGUAGGACACUUUUAAGUGCAUAAGAAUUUUAAAUGAUUGUGGGCUAUAUCGAUUUUCUAUUAUAAUUUAGAGACAUUCAUGCAAAAAUCUGGACACACAUGGUAUUUGUCUGGAAUCGCGCUACUCGUACUGGAAAGUUGUACUUGAAUGGUGUGUACACAGGAGAACAACAUUAUACUGGUCAAGAUAUUGACCUCAUCCUGACAAAUCACACGACAUAUGAGCUUGGUUUCAAAAAGGACACAAGGGAAAAACUCCAUGGUUCCCUGAGAGAUCUCAUGGUCUUUCUGCGACCGCUUACGACGGAAGAAGCUCUUACCCUUUGCAGGAGUGUUGGUAUGAAAGUUUUGCUAGCAAUAAUAGUUAAUAACGGAGCGUCGGCGCACAAGAAGCGCGUGAGUUCCCCUUUGUUUACAAGAAUACACAACACAAUACAUGCAUGUAUAGGUAUGGAUUAGGAAUACUUGUGGUGCAGUGGAACUUAAUCAAGGAACCAGCACCACCCAAUAAGAGGAUCAAGAUUUUCUAGUAAGGAGUUGCUUUUGAUCUAUUUCCGCACUGGUAAAUAACAAUGAUACCCUGAUCUUUUGUAGUCUUCGUUCAUUUGUGUUGGAAAGCCCUACAAAUAACUUAUCAGUUAUCUUUGUUUAGUAAGAAAGUUAAUGAAUUUCAUUUUGAUUUAUAUAUAUAUAUAUCCUGAGUACAUGGGUGUUUAAUACAAGCCUGUUUCGUAGGACACCGAAAAGGUGACCCACCCUUCAGUUAAACUCCAUUAUAACACUGAAGCGUCAGGGUCUACAUCAAGAAAAGUGAUCGCGUGAUAAAAACGGUUACAUAUAACGUUUGAAAUUUAAAUUUUAGAAUGAAAAGCAUACGAGAUUUUAUGAAUAUAUAUUUGGGAUUAGAAUAUUCCUGUAUAUAGUUUUUUUUAUAUUUUAUUGUUUGUUCUAGGCAGUUCUAUAAUUAAUUCUUGUGAGGAAUCCUCGUGUUCUGUAUAAACUGUCCUAAUUAUACAGAUAUCCCUUAUAUUAUAUUUGGUUCUCUAUGCUUUUAAUUGUAUUAUUUUGAAUAUCUGUGUAAUUGAAUUGAGUAAAUCAAUCAAUCAAUCAAUCAAUCAAUUUUUACUUCUGUUGUUGUUAUUUUUUCCUUUACGUACAGAUUAUUGAUUAUCAGUCAAUCCACAAAUUGCAUGAUUCAUCCAUUUUACAUCAACGUUUUGGUGCUGUUUCAUUACGUAUCUUGCUGUCAAAUUUUUCAACUCUCUCUCUCUCUCUCUGUCCUCUACUCUUUUCUAGUAAACGCUGGAUGUUUUCACUUUUGCGAAGGUUUAUGUGGAUGGAAAAAUUCUAACCAAAACGUUUCACCCUGGAAACAAGCAGUGGGUCUGGAUACGGCCGCCAUUACCAAGCAAGUUACGUCGUAUUUGCAAAGCAAGGGGAGAAUAUCAGAACCAGGUAGUUAAAAAUGGGGACAUUUUAUUCCCUUUAAUUUUCAGUACAUUUGUGUUGUAAUAAAAAGCUAGGUGUUAGAUAUCAAACUAUAUUUUUCUGUGGUUCAUGCAACGCGAUCGUCAUCGUGAAUAGGUAAAGCACUUUAAUCUCGAUGUUAUCUUUCUAUAGGCUUUAUGAAGGACGAUAGUUACCAACUGAACUUUGUUGAAAAUCACAAUGGAUAUGUCAACAUACCUGAUCUUCCAGAUCUCGAUGCUUUCACGAUCUGUUUCUGGAUGAAGACUUCCGAUAAUACGAGUGCAGGGACUCCCAUAUGGUACAGAGUCCGAUAUAACACUAACGGGACAUACGUCCCUGCUAUUGCACUUGUGGACUAUCGAGGAUUCUACAUUUAUGUAGGGCAGUCGAAGCCGUAAGUGUACUUAAUUUCAAUUUAUUUUGCCUCUUCCUAACAGGCAGGGAAAUGUUCAUCGUGUUUGUUUUUAAUCUUCCAUAAAAUAUCGCUCCCCCCUACGAUAUUAAAAUACAAUAUUGUCUUUUUUCUAGGACCAAAACUACCUCAGCAGCAAAUAACGGCAAGUGGCAUCAUAUUUGUUUGGUAUGGACUUCUGAAGGCGGAAACGUCACUCUACAUAACGACUGGUCAAUAUUUUCAGGAACCAAAUUGUCUGAGGGGGAAACUAUUCCUGGUAUGCACUUCUGCCAUGCUAUGGUUUUGUUGCUCUGAGUAGAACUUGAAACUAAAUAACCCGCCCUUAUUCUACUUCGCUCGUACCUGGAAUCAGUUGUAAAUACAUAUUUAACGAUAAAAACUGAAUUAUUGGAAUGUUUCUUUGAAACCACUGAGAAAGUACGAAUGUAGAAAGUUAAAAGAUGAAAGGUUUCUGCUCGAGUCAAAAAAGGACAAAAAGAAACAAAAAUUUUAGUCUCCAAGAAGGUAAACGAAGCUUCCAAAAAUCUUACUGUCACUUAAUGUUCCACAGGAAAUGGUGAAUUUAUUGUUGGCCUAGCAGAGGAUCUGGCAACACAAGAUCCUCAAGUUGGACAAUUCAUUGGUCUGAUAAGCCAUGUUAACAUCUUUAACAAAGCCCUUAAAAGCGAGGAUAUAAAAUGGAUGUCACACGGCUGUGGUAAAGGCGUUUUGCUUGGGCUUCUCUUACCCUGGUCUCAGUUUAUUGCUGGUGUUGUUGGAGAAGUGAAAGUCGAAAAACCCGCAUUAUGCGCAGAUCCUGAAGGUGACGUACGCACUGCAAGUAACCGCGGCCACAUACCGUGAACAUACUAUAGUUAGCAAUAAUUGAAUUCGGCUUUCGUAUCAUCUGAAGAAUUAUGGAGAUCUACAUAAUUCUUCAGAUGAUAGAAAGCCGAAUUCAAUAAUUGUUUUAUCAAUCAUUCAAAAUAAUUGCUAGUUUAAAAACUAAAAAACAUUCAGUUUUUAUUGACUACUACAGUUAUCAGUUGCGGUUCAUUUCGCUGAUCACGCAGCGUGCUUAGCGUGUCUAAUCACGCUAGCUUGACAUAUAGCUGCUACAAGAAAAAAAAGAUUGACGUGCUAAGUUUACAAAAACAAAGCCAAGUACGUCCGCCUUUGUUGUAGCAAUUUAACAAGACGCUACGGAGCUAGCGUACACUUCGGCGUCGUGGUUGUGGAACUAAUUAAUUGUAAAUGCGGAGGAAUAGUAAGAAAUCAAAUAUGGUAAGAGUAAGGUGUGAAAUUAUGGGAUUUGUCAGGAUAUUCUUAAAAGAGCAACAUCCAAGAGGCCUACUUGCCAAAAACUAGCAUUUCAGGACAAAUUGUCUCCGCGAUAUUAGCCCAGUUAUGCUCUGAUGACUCCAUACAAAUCCUUCUAAAAAACAAUUCUCUAUUUUUCUUCGUCACAUCAGGCUUCAAAAACAGCAUACCAGUCUCAUGUACUGAUUAAAGAUAUGUAAGGCAUGGGUAAGAAGUCAAUUACGUUGAGCAUGGAAUUGGCUAAAACGCAAAGUCACGAGUUCGAAUGUUUUGAGGAUAAUUAUUCACUGACUAUCAGCACGCAGUGAUGUCGGAUUAAAUAAUAAUAAAUAAUGAUUUUAUUUAUAUAGCGCUAAAAUCCAAUAAUUGUCCAAAGCGCUACCUAAUUACAAAAUAGAAUAUAAAAAAUCUAAA